CUGGGACUCUUCUGGAUCAUUACUUGACUUCUCCAUUGAACAUCCAUGUUCGAUGGAUGGACAUGGAGGAUGUACAGGCCAUCUUCCACCAGCAAAAUCCAGUUCUUUUGCCAGGCCCUAGUGAGGUUCAAGAUGACCUUGAAAUAAUGGAAUCUAUGAUUUCAGAUGAAAUUCACAGUGAGGUUGACUUAGAAAUCAUGGAUUCUGGUUCUCAAGAAGAAGUGUACUUGAUUCACAGUGAGACUGCCUCAGAAAUAAUGGAUCCUGGACCAGAAAUAUACACCAGCUACAUUAACAUAAUGCCAGAAAAUGAUUUACCUGAGCCAGAUGACCAAGAACAGCAAGAUGGUUCUGAAGUCAUGAAUUUGGAGGACCUUGUCUCUUCUACAGAGGAGAUACUUUUGGAGCUUGGGCAAGAAAUAAACUACAACUUAAGCUGCAGAUUCAACAUUAAUCGAAAAAAUGUACUAGAUGGUGCAUUCAGAGCAUUUGGACGAAAAUCCUAUGAUCCCUUCAGGAGAAUUUCUGUCCGAUUUUCUGAUGAAUGUGGAAACUUUGAAGAGGCUGUGGAUUUGGGAGGCCCAAGGAGGGAGUUCCUUAGUUUGCUGAUGGAAGAAAUGGAAAAAUCUGCAAUGCUUGCAGGCCCAGAUGGACGAAAAAACCUUGCACUUGACUCAGUUGCUGUCAGAGAAGACAGAUACUAUCUUGUUGGAAAAGCUAUAGCUGUCAGCAUGGUUCACGGGGGACCAUCUCCAGGAUUCUUUUCGUCCACUUUAUUUGAAUGCAUCAGUAAUGGACAAGUCUCACCCACCAUAGAAGAUGUGAAUGACUUGGACUUGCAAGCUAAAAUCAAAAAGAUUUCACAUGCUGCAACCAUGGAGGAGUUAUGUGAGGCAACAGAGUGUAUGAGUGAAUACCUGGCAAAUGCAGGAUGCCUUCGAGCUGUAAAAUGCCUAAAAGACAAAGAUCUGCUUUUACAAGACAUCCUACUGUUCCAAGUUGUGAACAGACUCCAUGGUCCACUUGAACGGUAA